GAAAGAAACAACCGAUAAAAAGUGAUACGAAAAACGAGGCGAUAAUCAGGAGAGAAAAAUUUUGUCAAAAUAUGUGCGUUUGCAGUUAAUGACGAGCUUUUUCUUUCUGUGAAAUAAUUUCGUUUAAUAAUCAAGUUGAGGCCAUGGCUGCUUUCUGAAGUCAGUUUUGUGACAACAAUUUGCCGACCCACUUAUCAUGAAUAGCCUGAAAGCGCCGUCGAUGAACUCGUUGCUGGAUUCCGAUCAUGGAUCCUCAAAUGAUAGUCUGCUGGCUGAAUCGCUCCAACUGGAUAUUGAGGAGCUGGAUGAUGAGGAAUAUUCCAUUCCUGCGGUGGACCAACUCCCAACGUUGGAAAGUGUACUCAGUGAAAUAGAUAGUGACCUGGACAGUGUAUCGGUGGCCGGGCGAACAGUUGUAGAUGGGGGUGUGGUCAGUGGAGGGUUGGGGUCGACACCGACUCCUUCGUUGAACGAUGACUACAUGCGAAUGGAGUCGAUUCUAAGGCACGUCGUACUACAGGGCGUUACGGCACAGGUCACAUCCGCUGUGGACAGAAUAGACGCCGGACUGGCAACGUCCUGUACGGUUUCACAAAUGAUUGCCGUGGGAACAUCACAUGGACAUAUUUUGGCGUUUGACUGUUCGCAGACCCUGAAAUGGUGCUGUCAAGAUGGGAUUUCGCAAGGAGCGGUUUCAGCUUUGGCUUUCAACGAAGACAAUACCCGUCUGUUGGCCGGGUUCGCCCGGGGGAGUAUACUGAUGAUAGAUACGUUUACAGGAGACGUGAUUCGUACACUUAACGAGGUAAUUACUCCAAACACGGGUGUGCUGCAUCUGAAAUGGACGAACCGGCCUGCACUAGCACUUUGUUCGGAUUCCGGUGGAUCUGUAUGGAGUUUAAGCUUUACCAGGAGGCUAGGAAUCCGUGGCUGUGAUUCUCGCUGCUUAUUUAGUGGAGCCCGUGGAGAGGUUUGUACGGUAGAGCCAUUAUUGUUGGGAGACGAGGAACAUCCGUUGAAGAAUUAUACUUUGGCAGCGUUGGCUACGCUGAGCAAGUUUUUUGUCGUGAUGAUCCGUCCUAGACUUAAGGUCAUUAAAUUCCAUCCCAUGGCCGGUUAUCCAGAUUGUUUGCCACUGCUCGCAUGGCAGAUGGUACUGAUUCAAGCUGCAGAUUCGUCACGAACCAUCGAUCCCGUGCUAGCAGCUGCACGUGGAGCUGAUUUGUAUUUCCAUCAGAUAAGCUAUUGCAGUGGACGGAUAUCUCUUAUCUUUCUUCGCCAUAUUCACCUUGGUUACAAUCUUUUGGCGCUGCACUGGCUUGGACCGAAGACAAUUGCCUGUUUGGACACGAUGGAAAUGCUCCAUUUGUCGGAUGUUCGAACCAACAAGGAAUUGGAAACAAUUGACGUGUCGAAUGUUGGUCUGAUGUACAAUUCCGCGCAGUUCAAAGGCUUAGCAACCGGAGGAAACGUCUCCCCAGCUCUAGCCUUAGCCGGAGACUCGGCUUGUUACAAUACGGUUGUUUCACAGGGUAGCCAAAUAUAUCUACUGGCAGGGAAAAGCCUACACGGGGUCAGCGCCAGAGCUUGGAGCGACCGAAUUUCCUACCUGACGUCGAUGCAACGCUGGGAAGAAGCAAUUGAACUGGCCGUUGACGGAUACCGAGCGGCAGCUGGACGACACCGUCGGUUAGCCGUUGCUAAGGAGCGAAUCCUUCGAAUGUUUGAUGAGUAUUUGAGCGCCACUCGUAAAUCGCCAGAACAGUGCCUGGAAGCAAUGGUAGCGUGUCUGAUAGAGAUAAAUGAGAAGAAUCUCCUCUGGCAAGAGCUUUACGACCGCCUCCCCACUACUGACUACUACUUAACUAUCAUCGCCCGACAAAUCGAGAACGAUAAUCUGAACUCGAUCGCUCCUUCAGUUGCACAAGUCCUUUGUGAUUAUUUUCUGCGUAGAAGAGACCUUACUCGGCUGGAAAAUCUAAUUCUUAAGCUGGACUGGCAAUGCCUAGAUUUGCAUCAGGUGCUCACCAUCUGCCGCAAGGAGAACCUAUAUCGGGCCCAGAUGUACCUAAACACUAAAGCCCUACGUGAUUACACGGUUUCGCUGACGGAUUUAAUUCCAAUCAUCAACGACGAGAACGAUUCCCAUCUGGGGAAUUGCUUGCUGGUGUAUGUGUCCAGCUGUCUCGCAGGUCGAGGCUAUCCAACGGGAGACAUUGAACCGGAGCUGAUUGCCACGGUGAAGCAUGAAGUGCUGCGCUGCCUAACGGUGAUUCAUUCUAAGAACGCCCCCGAAGCCGAGCUUCCUUAUCCGUAUCUAAGGACAUUGCUGGAGUUUGAUACCAGAGAAACGCUGAACGUGAUUUCACUUGCAUUCCAGGAGAAAGAGUUCAAUGGAGAACUUGGAUUAUCUCAGCGGCAACGGAUUAUAAAUAUUUUGUUAGAAAUACUUACUCCGGAGCACGCCAGUUGGUCGCAGAUCGGCUGUUUGCUGAAUUUCAUUGCUCAACAGAUAGCUUCCCGCCAAUUACCAGAAAAUGAACUGCUCUUAGAACGAGUAAUAACCUAUCUGACGAGGCAGAGUGAGGAAAUUUCCAUUGGUGGUAUGACUCGGCGAGAACAUUCCGAACAGGAGCAAACGUGGUUAGAACUGCUCCGGUCCAACUGCCUUAGUCACAUUCCGAAUGAAGAUUUGUUGGAAAUUUCACGUCACGGCCGGUGUUAUCGAGUCACGGAAUACAUUUUGGAGCAACUUGGUCGGUACGAGGAAAUAUUCGAUUGCUACUUGUUGGAUGAGUUCCGCCAUAGCGAGCUGUUCAAUUACAUCUGCCAGUACAGCGAGGAAGAACGGAGGCAAGUGUUGCCACUAUUUAUGAAGAAUUUUCAAACCAUUCUGGACAUUAAUUGUGAACAGACGACUCGGGUCGCAACGGAUCAGUUUAUGAGACAUUUAAAUCAGUUUCUUCAACAGCUGCACAAUAGUCCGGAGAGAUUGUUUCAGUUUCUUCGGCAGUUAAACAAGCAAGGAGUCCAGUUGGAAACACGUGACUGUGAGAAGUACUUGGAACUGCUUUGUCAAUACCAACCGGAAGACGUGAUCGAGUUCCUGAAGUCUAACGAUUCUUAUCGGCUGGAUUUCGCUGUCGGUGUUAUCAAGGGCCAUGGAAUGAAUACGGCUUUAAUUUAUCUGUACGAAAAGCAGGGUGACUACCAGGCGGCUUAUGCCGUUGCGGUAGAAGCGCUUAAAGAUGCCCCGGAAAGUACGGCCGAGAUGUGUGCUCUGCAGGUAUCCGGUUUGUGUUCCCGAGCUUCGACAGUCCUGUCAGAGGCCGAACGUCAAGAACUCUGGUUCUCACUGUUGAAAAUUGUUCUCUCCAGAGCUGAUCUAACGCAAAUAACGAAAAAUAUCCUACAUUCGGCAAGCGAGUUUGUCGAUUUGGCUAAACUGGUCCAGUUGGUGCUGACCUCCGGGACGAAGACAGGGAACUUCGGUGACAUCAGACACGUUCUUAUCGGCAUGUUGUCCAAUUCCGCAUACGAAACGGUGCUACUGGAGACUACGUCACAAAUUCUGGGCCGAGAUCUGCACGCCAUUCUAGCUCGAGAGCGCCGUUUCGCUAGGAAAGGACUCUGCGUGAAAUCUAUCAAAUGUAUCAUCUGUCGAAACAAGCUGUACAACGGCGCUAAAGAUUGCGUUGUGGUUUUUGGCAAUUGUGGCCAUGCGUUGCAUAAGGAUUGUGCCAGUCGUUACUGCACCGUUGUGACUGGUUCACCUUCGGCAGAAGGAGCAAGUAGCAAAUUAACAAAAUUGAAAUGCCCGAGAUGCGACGUAGUUAUCAGUGAGCGGGAACCUGUGGGAACCUCUGAGUGUCGCGUGGAAUUAGGGGCAACAAGCAUGCCUAGCGAUCACGGAAACGACUCCAGUGUUCUAAAGUUGAGCGCUCCUCCGCGCAUUGGCCUGUAGUGUCGAACACUAUUUGUAUUGAUCUCUCGGAUGUUCUGUUUCGCCGUUCCUACUUUCGACCAGCAGCAUUAGUGUCCUUCUUCCACUCCGACGAGCAGACGAACGGGGUAAGUUUUUAAAGACUUUAUUCUUUAUGAUAUUGCAUUCUGUGUAAUGUAGCUAUUCUUUAGUAGAAACUGAAAUCCAACUAAUGAUUUCACUGAUUUUAAGCAUUUCUAAGAAAAUAAUGGAUACUCUUCAAUAUUAUAUAGCUAAAAAUUAUAUAAGCAUUGUUAAUUUGUAAUUAAUUAUAUUAUUUAUGAAACAUAGGUUUCCGUAAUUCGAGUAACGAAAGCAUACGCAUCAAAGAAUGUUACCGAUUUACAAUGUUCUGAAAACUCAGAUGUAAAUAUCUAAAUUAUAUGGAAGAUUGUGAUCUGAAAAAUGUAUUGAAGGUAAUCACUUUCCUUCGAUGGGACUCGAACCCACGACCCGUGGAUUCAAGUCCCAUCGAAGGAAGUGGUUACUUCCAAUACAUUUUUUAAAUCAAAAUCUGUCAUAUAAUGUACCAGUUUACAUCUGAGUUUUCAGAACAUCGUAAAUUAAUGUCCAUGUCGGGUGUUCCAAUACCCGAAAAACAGACAAUUUACUUUGAUUGAACUUACGAACGAUGUUAACCAACAAACGAUAAUAUAUGAUUAAGAAAAGUUCACGUCAUGCAUCGUGUAGUUCAUUAGACAUCUUGAACUUCGGUAAUGAAUCUUGAAGUCCGUGUCCAUAGUGUUUUGUAAGCCGAAAUAUAGACCAAUAAAUG